AUGCAUGCCCAAGCUCUUCAACUCCUUAGAUUUAUUUGCUCUGAAAUAGCAAAACUGGAUGGUAAAAGGGUAAGAGAUCUUAUCGGAAGUCCGUUAGAGGCAGCAGCAACUAUGGGGAACGUUGAGGUUGUUGAAGAGAUAUUACUUUCCUUUCCAAAUGCACUUUCUCUAGUGAAUGAGAACAAACAUGGGGUGUUCCAAAUUGCAAUUGCAAAUCGUAGGGUGGACGUCUUCAAUCUCAUAUACCAGAUAACAACACCACAUCAUCUUUUGCUGGCACAGCGCGAUGCAUCUUAUAACACUGCUUUGCACUUGGUUGCACGUUUGGUUGGAGGAACUACGGAUCAAGCUAGUCUCCAUCUCAGAUCAUGUGCUCCUGGUGCAGCGCUUCAAAUGCAACGUGAACUACAAUGGUUCAAGGUGGUUGAAAAGCUAUCACGGCCUCAAGAUCAAGAGCAAAGGAAUAUAUUUGGCAAGACACCAGCAAUGAUAUUUACUGAAUCACAUGAAAACUUAGCAAAAGAAGGUGAGCAAUGGAUGAAAGAUAGAGCUCACUCUGGGAUCAUCAUAGCAACACUCAUUGCUACCAUCGUAUUUACCUCGGCGAUUACCGUACCAGGUGGAACCAAUAGUGAAAAUGGAAAGCCAAUAUUCUCUGAGAGGACAGGGUUUGUAGCUUUUGCAGUUGCAGAUGCUCUAGCUCUCUUAAUGUCAGCUUCUUCUAUGUUAAUGUUCUUGGGCAUACUCACUGCACGCUAUGCAGUUCAAGAUUUUCUCUCCUCGCUACCGAAGAGAUUGAUAAUCGCCCUUAUUACCCUCUUUCUCUCAAUCAUUUUCAUGAUGAUGGCCUUUACAUCCGUGCUUUACCUGGUUUUUGGAGAAGAAAAGACAUGGGUGCUUGGCCUCGUGUCUUCAUUGGCUAAUAUACCAGUGCUUGUGUUUGCCGUCUUGCAAUUUAAACCUAUUUUCGACAUCAGUUAUUCCACAUAUGGCCCAGCAAUCUUUGGUAAGCGUGGUGAUCGCAUUAUCGUAUAA